AUGUCGAAAAACAAGCCUAUCCACCCACGUCAUGAAAAUUGGCCCAAUCAGGUCUCUAUAUCGCUAAAAGAUCACAUGGAGCAUGCUCGCAUGAUAAUAGAAGAAGCCCGUCAAGGUGAAGGCGAAUCUGCGUGGUACGAGCUGUACAACCUGAUCCUCAACUUCAACUCCUUGCGUGGCAAUCAUGCCUAUGGUGGACGAGUAUCUGUCUGGCCUCAACCCUAUCUCUACCGAUUCUUAACUCGCGCGGUUGCCCAUGCGAUUGACGAAGCUCGCGAGGAUUCUCUUUUUAAAGCACCGGUGACACGGAGCACGGCAACCUCGCUAGUUCGCCUGGAUUCGAACUCCACGAGUAGCUUGUCGGCUAUUGUCACCCCACAGUCUAAUCUGAGUCCAGUAGAAUCAACUCAUAGUGUCCCUAAUGCUCCCCCCGCUCGCCGCGAUGAUGUCGGAAGUGGAAAAGACGAGUCCGAAGAGGAGCCUGAGGCUAAGGGCCUGGACGCCGAGGCCAAAGAACAAGCUCUGGACAGACAAGGGCAAGGAGGCGAGGCCGAGUCCAAAGAGAAGGAAUGCGAAUCUGCAGAGGCGGGAGAGGACAAAGGCCAUCAUCCUGAGGUAAACGAGAGCGAUCUUGAAGAGAAUGGGCACGAGUCAGCAGAGAAAAAAGAGGACGACGAGGAGGCCGGCGAGGAGGCUGGCGAAGACGAAGAAGAAAAUGACAUUCCUUUCACAGCUGAGGAGGCUCAAUUCCGUGUUCCCGACUUCCUCGUUAUUUUGACCAGGGCAAUCCCAGAUAGCAGCGCGCAGUUUCGAAACGCACUAAUUUUUUGGGAGCUGAAAGAUUGCCAAGGAUACGAGUCUACAACUAUGUUUGCUUCCAACGAACAGAUGCACAGGAAAGCGCAGAUAAUGCGCGCGACGAUCCCUCAGCUUGUUCAACAGGCUCAAUUUCUCUUCCAGCACUUCCCGGAGCAGGAUACAGCUAUCGGUAUGGUCGCUAUCGGGCUCUUCUUCCGUGCUCAUACUUUUCAUCGCAAUCGUAUGCCGGCUCUACCGCAAGAUGGCAAGCUCAAAUUGCUCCCUAGGGCCGAAGCUGCUAAAAUCCCCACUAUCUCCACGAUGUACCACAUCUACAAUCAAAGAGGGACUGAUUAUUCGACCGCGUUCAAAUUUUAUUGGACCGUUUCGAGAACGCGGGCAGCCGAGAUGGAGGGUGGAAGUUGA